CUGCUUCUCUCGGCCGAAACCCCAGCUCAGCGAGCAGAGACCCGGCGGCGGCGGCGAUAUGCAGUUCCUCCGGGGCGUCGGCGGCGGGGGAGGAGGGGCGGGGUCGACGGCGUGGGAGGCGUUCAGGAGGCAUUUCUCGCGGAAGCGGGCGGUGGACAUCCGGCGGAUCAACCCCAAGGUGCCCAAGGAGGAGGCCGUGGCCAUCUCCGGCCGCCUCCUCCAGAUCCUCGCCGACCACGGGCCCCUCACCGUCGGCAACACCUGGAACCACGCCAAGGAUGCUGCGAUCGAUGGCCUGAACAGCAAGACCCACAUGAAGAUCCUGCUCAAGUGGAUGUGGGGGAGGAGGAUCAUCAAGCUCUCCUGCACGCAGGCCGGCAACACCAAGAUGUUCCUCUACUCCCCGUUCACCGCCGACGACGCCGAGGCGGCCGAGGAGCCAUCGCCAGCCGAGGAGCAGCCGAAGAAGAAAGGGUGGAAAGGGAAACACCCAAAGUACCAGACCAAGAAACAGCCUGCGGCAGCAGCUUGACCCUGGUCUGCUGAGCAUUCUUUCGGGCAUUUUCCCGCUGCUGUUGGCUUUUCUGUUUUACUUAGCACGGAAGAGUUCACCGCCAUAUCUGUUUGACAACAAAACAUAUAUUUUGUGAUGGACCAUUUGGGUGGGCACAAAUUACGCUGGCAGGCCGAUUUGUUCGGCUCUGUGUUGUAGACUCUGUCUGGUAGAAUAAUGAUGACACGAUAAUCUAGUAUAGUGUCAAAAAUCGUCUUACAUCGUGGGACGGAGGGAUCUA